GCGGUGAGGGCGGAUGGGCGGGCUCGCCACACGCACACGCCGCUCCCGCCGUGCUCCUCUUAAAUAGGGCGGCACCAGGGAAGCCGCGCGCAGCUCUGCGUGUUGUUGCCGUCGCCGCCGGGAGGUUCCAGCACUGGGACAACUGCACUGAGCUAUGAUGCAAGCACACGACUUGUUUAGGCAUAUGCGGAUUCCUGAACUUGUGGAUGUCAGGCAGUAUGUGCGCACCCUUCCCACAAAUACCCUGGUGGGUUUUGGUGCUUUUGCAGCCCUCACAACCUACUGGUACGCAACAAGACCAAAAGCACUGAAGCCACCGUGUGACUUAGCAAUGCAGUCUGUGGAAGUAGAGGGUGAAGAGAAUGCUCGAAGGUCCUCUCUCCUCAACAGUGAUGAGUUGAUAACUUGCUACUAUGAUGAUGUGAGAACAGUCUAUGAUAUGUUCCAAAGGGGGCUACAUGUAUCCAAUAAUGGUCCAUGUCUAGGGGUUAGAAAACCAAACCAGCCAUAUGAGUGGAUCUCCUAUAAACAGGUUUCAGACAGAGCAGAGUAUGUGGGCUCUGCAUUACUUCACCGAGGCUUCAAACCAUCUCACAGCCAUUACAUAGGCGUCUUUGCACAAAACAGACCUGAGUGGGUUAUCAUUGAACAGAGUUGCUAUACGUACUCCAUGGUGGUGGUGCCACUCUAUGAUACACUGGGAACUGAAGCGAUUACUUACAUUGUGAACAAAGCUGACUUAUCACUGGUUUUCUGCGACACACCUGAGAAGGCUAAACUUCUGCUAACUGCUGUAGAAAAGGGGGAAACUCCAAUCCUCAGCACCAUUGUGAUCAUGGAGCCUUUUGGCACAGAUCUUGUGGAACGUGGCAAGAAGUGUGGGGUAGAAAUCUUCAGCAUGAGGGAAAUAGAGGAACUGGGAAAAGCACACAGACAAAAACCUAUGCCUCCAAAGCCAGAAGAUCUAGCAGUCAUCUGUUUCACCAGUGGAACAACAGGAAACCCCAAGGGAGCUAUGAUCACUCAUAAAAACAUAAUCAGCAAUUCUUCAGCUUUUCUGAAAACUACAGAGAAAACAUUCAUGCCUACCCCUGAAGAUGUUCUGAUAUCAUUCCUGCCCUUGGCUCAUAUGUUCGAGAGAAUCGUUGAGUGUGUAGUUUUGUGCCAUGGAGGUCGGAUAGGAUUCUUUCAAGGGGAUAUCAGACUACUUAUGGAUGACCUAAAAACACUACAGCCAACUGUAUUUCCAGUAGUACCACGAUUGUUGAACAGGAUGUUUGACAAGAUUUUCGGACAGGCAGAUACAUCAUUGAAGAAGUGGAUGCUGGAUUUUGCUUCCAAGAGGAAAGAAGCAGAACUUAGAAGUGGUAUAAUUAGAAACAACAGUUUCUGGGAUAAAGUUAUCUUCCGAAAAAUACAGGCAAGUUUGGGAGGAAAAGUACGGCUAAUGGUCACAGGAGCAGCACCUGUAUCUGCAAGUGUACUGACCUUCCUGAGAACAGCUCUUGGCUGUCAGUUUUAUGAAGGAUAUGGACAGACUGAAUGCACAGCUGGAUGCUCGCUGUCUAUGCCUGGUGACUGGACAGCAGGUCAUGUUGGAGCACCGAUGGCAUGUAAUAUCAUAAAGCUUGUUGAUGUGCAAGAGAUGAAUUACUUGGCUGCCAAAGGAGAGGGUGAGGUGUGUGUGAAAGGGCCAAAUGUAUUCCUUGGCUAUUUGAAAGAUCCUGAAAAAACAGCAGAAGCUCUGGACAAAGAUGGUUGGCUUCAUACAGGAGAUAUUGGGAAAUGGCUGCCAAAUGGUACAUUGAAGAUCAUUGACCGGAAAAAACACAUAUUUAAACUAGCCCAGGGAGAGUACAUAGCUCCAGAGAAGAUAGAAAAUGUGUAUCUGAGAAGUGAAGCACUUGCUCAAGUGUUUGUCUAUGGAGAGAGUUUGCAGGCCUUCUUAAUAGCUGUUGUGGUACCUGAUCCUGAGACUUUGUGCAAGUGGGCCAAGAAAAAAGGAAUUGAAGGCUCAUAUGAAAAGUUAUGCAAAAACAAGGAUGUCAAAAAGCACAUCCUAGAAGACAUGGUGAGAGUUGGCAAAGAAUCUGGUUUGAAGUCAUUCGAACAGGUUAAAGACAUUAUCAUGCACACAGAAAUGUUUUCUAUUGAAAAUGGCCUGCUGACACCAACACUGAAGGCAAAGAGACCAGAACUACGGAAAUAUUUCCAGUCACAGAUAGAUGAACUCUAUGCUAAUACCAAAAUGUAACGGUGGAUUGAGUAAAGUGGCACACAUCUGAUGUCUACUAUUGGUCGUCAUAUCUGUAAUUUGACUACAGUGAUUAUAGGGAAGGAAACUGUGCAAUCAUAAACUUGUACAAAAAUGGGAUGGGUACUUGCCAUAGGAACAUUGAAGAAAUGGAACACUGCCUUACUGUCAAGUUGUGUUGCAUACUGUUUUUAUGGUGACCUACAAUUUCCAAAAAGAGCCUUAACUAUAAAUGGUAACUAUAUAUAAGUUAUUUAAGACUUCAUUGGCCAAAAAUGGGACUCUCCUUAAACAAGGAGUGAAGAUUUUCUUAUUGCCAGCAUGUUUGCUGUCUGCAGUGUACCUUGCAGUUCUCAGUUCAAAAAAGAAUUUGGCAGGUUUGAAAAUGCCUCUAUGUAUAUUGCUGCCUCAGGAGGAUUACUUAGUCUGUUGGGGGGAGGGGAGAGAGAACCCACCAAUAUACAACCUUACAGUUAUAUAGCUGAUAUUGCAUCUUAAUUGGUCCUAAUGUUAACUGGGGUGAGGCAAGGGUUUCUUCCCUUCUAUAUCUACAGCCAGUUCUGAGGCUUACUUCUGUAAGGUAGAAGUCAGGACUCGGUACUAAGGAGACUGAUUAAUACAGGUUCAGGCUAAGCUUGCAUUUGGUGACUCUGCACUAGACGUGUAGAUACAGUUAAUUCAGCAAGUGCAGCCUUUGCUGCAUUAACACAAUUUCAGAGUAGUGCCUGUCCAGUUAGUGGGCAGAUUCUAACUCUGGCAAGAACACUAGAGAUCUAGAAAUAAAAGUGAUCUAAGAGGCUGGGCUAUGCUGACAGUCAGGUAAGUAUUCCACCUGUACUAGUCACUUGUUUCCCCAUGAAUGAAUGUGGAUUUAAAAUGUGUUUUGAAAAAGUGCCAGGUCCUCUAAGCAGAACAGCUUCUGACAUAACCUCCAUUUUCUGUGCUUUGUGUAUGAGCCACUGAGUAUUCUUCAUGGAAUAGCAAAAUAGGUCAGGUAGAAUGUUUUUUGCCUGAUGCUUUGCAGUAAUUGGAAGUAUUCAGAUGUGCCAAUGAACAGUGUUGGCACUGAAUGGGUAUUUGUUCAGGGAUAAGAAACAAAUUCCCAGAUAAACUACAGAACUAUUUACCCUUUGUUUCAGAAAUCAGCAGAAAUAAGCCUUAUGACAACAUAAGUCUUUUGCUACCCUUAACAGAGUUGGUUUUGCAUUAGAACUCAUUACUGUUUUUUGAAAACAUGGAUAUAUGUAAGAUACAAGCACAACAAGGUUUGCACUAAGAUUUGUGUGAUUGUAAUGCACUACUCUGUAGCAUAAUUUCAUACCUGUGUGCAGUUAAGGUACACGAAUCCAAGUCAACUGUUAGAGCAGUAGUUUGUUACAUUGGAAUUCAAAUGUUUGCUUAGUGUUGGCUAUUUCUAUGUUUUAUAAAACCAAAACAAUUUUCAAAACCAAUGAAGGAAACCAAAAUAAAUACUUCUGCAUUUCAA